GCUGGCAAGUGUAGCAUCAGCCCUCACCGCGGAACGGCUUUCCUGACAAAAUUUGUUGUCCAGUGCAGUGGAUUUUCUGACAGCAACUUACCACUGACAUACAAAGUCAUAGUAGCUUCCGACGUAUCCAAAACUGCCAAAAUUAACUCGGUGAAGGACAACACAUUUGGCACAAUUCUGUACUUUGGCUAUCAGCCUAGAAUGCCUCCAUCUCUCCUCCCAGUUGGUGAACCCUCUCGGAGGUAUGCUCUGACACUGUACGUUCAAGUGUGUGAUUCUCUGGGGGCGUUUACCCAACUGAGUCUGCAUGUCAGAGCACAGAACCCAUUGAGAAGUCGACCGCUAGCUGUUGUGUUUCAUGAACUGCUUGCCUCAGUGAGUGGUUUAAGUGCGCCCAUGACAGCUUAUCUCCAGACCGGAGACUAUUUUAAUGCGGGUUAUUUGGCUUAUCUUGCAGCCUCUGUCCUAAACUACAUCGAAGCUGCACCAACGCUCCCGAUGCCCAAGGCUCAGUUGAGGGAAAGCUUGAUUAAGGCAGCCCUGAAUAUUUCGGUUGAGAGCACGACAGAAAUUAACCAAGUGGUAGCCUCUCUUUUUCAAGUCACAGAGAAACUUAAGGAAGUGAAUGCUCAAUUGCAAGAGAUUGCCAAAGCAAUUAAAAUUAUUGGCAAAGUCCCUGGGGAGGAAGACACUGUCAUGGAAACCAGCAACUGGAAAAUCACUUUGAUGAAGGACGAAAACUGGAAUGUUGCAAAUGCUUUCUCUACCACAGAAGCCUGCAGGAAUUGUUUCUAUCCAACACUAAAAACUGGAAACUCUUCAAGAUUGUCUUACGAUGCAGUCAUUUCCACUGCCCUGUUUGAGUUUGAUGAAAACCCUUUCCCUUGGUUGAAUUAUACUUCAGAAAUUGCAACAGCCAUCUUGGGCUUCAAAAUGGCAGAGACCAAGGCUAAUGGGGAUCUGCAAGGGAUCCUGCCUGAAGAAGCAAACGUCCUUAUCGCUAGGAAAGACACCGAGUCGUCAACAUUUCAGUUAGCAAUGGGACCUGAUAAAACACAAACCUACACAACCGGAGGAUUUAGUCUUGAAGUGAACAGAGAUACCAAAAUCAUAUACAUCCAGAUCCUGACCAAAUUACAAGUGGCUUUCCAGGUGCUAGUGUUCACAGGCACUAAUGUCACUCAGAAUUUUCCCAUAGCCUCUUUUGAUGCUUUUCACAACAUGACAACGGUGGCAAGCAAAACCAAGGCAGUUGAUGAAGAGUGUAACAUCAAGGCUCCUUACAUCAUCUGCCUCCCAGAGUCAGUGCUGAAAGUUGCAGCUCAAGGAAGCGGUGCCCAGAGUCGGAACAUUUCCAUCAUCUUGCUGACCCCCUACAUCACAAGGUAUCCAAACAUGAGGCUGGUGAGCAUACACACUUUUAGCGAUCACUGCUUGUUUCUGGGGGGAGUUCAAAAUCAGUGGAGGGAAGACAUGUGCAGACUUGGUUCCCUGACCAACUGGCAACGGGUACACUGUGUCUGCAGCAUGAAGCGGAGUCACAGGAGUCGGUCAGUCCUCACUGCGUCAAAUACAUCCACAUUUGACAUCAAGUUCCUGGCAGCCAAAGUCAUCGUUACUCCCAACACAGUAGAUCUGAAAAGAAACCUAAUAGCAGACAUCCCUAAGAACCCCGUGACUCUUCUAACAGUGCUCUUCAUUUUUUCAGCCUACUUUCUUUUGUCUCUCUGGGCCGUGCGAAAAGACAGGGCUGAGAUGGUCAGCAAAGACAAAAUUAUCGUUCUGCCCGACAACGACCCCUUUGAUAAAGUCAGCUUUUUGGUCACUUUGUACACUGGCAGUCGCUGGGGAGCUGGGACCAACGCAGACGUUUUUCUUCAGCUCAUCGGCCAGAACGGCACAAGUGAUAUCCACUGCUUACGGCACCCACAGUUCCCUGCUUUCCGUCAAGGAAGCACUGACUGUUUUCUCUUGACUACAAAGGAAGACCUGGGAGACAUCCUCGCCUUCAGGGUCUGGCACAAUAACAGAGGCCCAUCGCCAGGCUGGUUCUUAAGCAGAGCCAAAGUUGAACACGUGUCUGCUCGGAAGACCUGGUUCUUUAUGUGCAGGAAAUGGCUUGCCCUUGACAAGGGAGAUGGCUUACUAGAAAGGACA